AUUUUUGCUGUGCAAAUGUAGGCGGGUAUGUCCGAGGAGAAAGGGUUAUCGCUUGUAGUGUAGUUUUGAGGGGAAGGGUUUGCGUCUUGAAAUGCUGGCUGAGAAGGGAAAAGGUGUUGCGUACAAAGAAGAUCGUUGUCGUUUGCAGAUACGUGAUGAAGAUAAGUCGGCUAUUACUCCAAUUGGUCGUUCUUUUGUGCCGUCGCGAUCGUCGCUAUUCGUCGUAGGAUCGUAUAAUGUAAUACCUGGCACUUGAAAUAAGCUAGGACGAUCCGGAGAAUGGCGACAAAAUGACCCUGGAUAG